AUGACGAUCACCACCGCCGGCACUGCCGUCAACCUGGCGCCCACGGUCACAAAGACCUUCUUCAAGCACUACUACAAGAAGGCCAAACGCUCACUCAAGGGUCGCUCUGGCAAAGCCGGCAAUGGCUCGUCCACGCACAAUCGGCACGACGCCCUGGACGAGUUCAUGUUCGACGAGGCCUUCCACAUCGUCAAGGCCUUCAUCGAGAUCGGCACCAGCGACACCGUCGAGGCGAUCCAGGACUUCACCGACGCACCUGCCCCGCCCAUUCCCUGGGCCACCACGCUGCCUGUGAUGAUCCCAAUGGAAAGCUGCGACAAGGCCGCCAAGCUCAUCAUCGACCACCUCGGGCCCGAGGACCUUCAGAAGCUGGUGGGAGGCGAAAAGUGGUGGCAGCUCCGCUCGACGCCAGGCGUGCAGGGCGAGUGGAUCGCCAUGUCCAACGACUGGAAAAAGAUGAAAUCUAUGGAGAAGAAGGCUCAGAACGCCGCUGCACAGGCCGAGAGCAACAAGGCGGACGCUGCCAGUGGCGAACCGAAAGCAUCCGCCAAGCAGCACAAGCGUCGCAGGAACAAACGCCACGAGCGCGCGCUUUCCGAGAUUCGUGCCAUGCGAGCAAAGACCGAGUCUGCGCUCAAGCGCCAUUCGCAGUCGUUCAAGCGCCCAUCGCAAGACCGCAAACGCAGUCAAAGUCGGCCUCCCGUGCCGGGUGCCCCAGCUCCGCCCGCCGAUGAUGCAGCAUCAGCAGCCUCGAGCGACGCCGAGAAUGCACAGCCCGCCGACGAUGCAACUGACGCAGCAUCCGAAGCCGACACCGACCACGGCGAGACAGAGUCCGAAGAGCUCGACCGCCUGCAGCGAGUCAUGCUCUACUUCCACGGCGGCGGCUACUACUUUGGCUCGCUUGCGACGCAUCGGUACCAGAUCGUGCGCUAUGCGCGCAAGUUUGGCGGCAAGUGCUUUGCGCCCAUCUACCGCAAGGCGCCGCAAUACCCGUGGCCGUGCGCGCUGCAGGACGCGGUGGCCUCCUACCUCUACCUCAUCGAUCCGCCCAAGGGGGCAAAGCACCGCCCCGUCGACCCCAAAAAGAUCGUUGUGGCCGGCGACAGCGCAGGCGGAGGCUUGAGUCUGGCUCUGCUGACAGUGAUUCGCGACAUGGGCUUGCCUGCGCCCGCCGGUGCGGUGCUCAUCUCGCCCUGGUGCGAUCUCACGCACUCGUUCCCGUCGAUUCUGCAAAACACGGCGACCGACAUCAUCCCACCAUACGGCUUCAUUCACAAGCCCUCGACGCUCUGGCCUAUCAACGCUACGAAGCCGGAGAACGAGGACAAGGGAAAGCAACGAGAGAGCUCCGAUGAGCCGCAGAGAAAAGUGCCCGUCGGUGUCCAAGACGCAGAUUCGCCCAAGAGCGACGCUGAGGAGGACACGGAGCCGGCUGCGCGAAAGAGUCACGAUGCUGGCAACUUGCGUCCAUCGCAAGCUUCAGCAAAGCCGGAUCAGGGACAGACAUCGGGCAGCAGCCGAAAGGAGAAUGGCGGCGUUCCACAUGCUCCAGAUCUGCUCUGGUCGCAGCCGAUCAAGAUCAAGACCGCCGAUGCGGCCAAGCAGGACAUCGAGUUACGCGAGCAGAUCCAGCUGUACGCGACCAACGACCAGCUCACGCAUCCGCUGUGCUCUGCAGUCCUCAGCGGCUCGCUCGGCGGCCUUCCUCCGCUGUACAUCCUUGCUGGCGAUGCCGAGGUGCUUCGAGACGAGAUUGUCUACCUCGCGCACCGCGCAGCACAUCCGCAGCGCUACCCGCUGCGCGAGGACCUGCUCGACCAUUCGCAGCGCAACCGCGAGAACGCGGCCAAGUACGACUCGCAGCCCACCAAAGUGCAUCUGCAGAUUUACGACCAGAUGUGCCACGUGCUCACCGCGUUUGCGUUUACGUCGCAGUCGCGCUUUGCGUACCGUGCGGUGGCGUCGUUUGUCAAGCACGUCACCGGCGCGCCCACCAGCAUCAAGAAUCCCUUCCCCGAGGUGCCCGAGGGCGCGCAUGGACGGGGGAUGGACGACGAGUGGCACGAAGACGGCGCCGAGAGUGACGAUGAUGAGAUCGACGACAACGUGGGCGGCGAGGUGGUCUCACCUCCGCUCGCAUCGUCGUUGAAGAGCUCGCAGCCAUCACUAAUGGUGUCUGAGCGCGAAGGAGCGAGCGUGGGCGAGUUGGCGACCAUAAGCCUUGAUGACGGCGUCAAGGGCGCCUCGCAUCUGCGAUCAGAGCCGGAUCACAUCUCCCCAGCCGAGGCGGGGCAAGGAGAGCUUGUUAGCAAAGCUGUGGAGAGCGGAGGACAUGCCGAUGCUGUAACGGACAAGACCCGACACCGCUCCGUGUCGAAGGUGGUCAGCGACGCGCUGCACGGCCAUCCGAGCGGGAGUCAGGCGACGUCGCGCAGCGGCUCCGGUUCGUCACCCACCGCCACGCGGGCCCGACGCGGCACGGGCGAUGUGGCCAACGAAUACACGGGGCAGGUUCCGCUUCUGCGGCCGUCGUUCCAGUCAUUCAUGAUCCGCGAGCGCGUCGAUGUGCGCGGCUACCUGCGCCAGCUCGAACCCGAGUCCGAUCUUCCUGCGCUCCAGCUGCGUCCUGACGAGAUCGGAUGUAUCAAAGAGGGCCCCGUUGCGCGUUAUCUGGACGGGCAGACGCAGUGGGCGAAGCGAUACACCAAGACCGCACGCAAAGUCGAAAAGCACCGUGCGCGCAACGAGAAGCUCGCCACGACGAUGCUCGAAGAAGCCGCUGCACAGGGGCUGAUGGACCGCGACGCGCUGCGUAAGCUUCAUGGUCAGCUGGUUCGCAAAGCCAGUAGUGGCGCCACCGAGCCCGGUGCAGUGUCGGCACCAUCUUCGACUUCGCGCGGGCUGGGGCUGAGUGCCGGCGACGUUGCGACGGGAGCCGACCGGUGCCGGGAAAAAUGGAGCUGGCUGGUCGAUUUUGGACCGAUGGAUCUGGUCGACGAAACGCCGCCGCCUGCAGCAGUGGCAGGAAGGAGGGAUACCAACGAUGCGCUGUUGCUGCUGCGCAAGUCGCUCCAGAUCCGCGCGCGCGCCUACGGCGUCCAGCGCAAAUCACGCUUCUGGGGAGCAGAAGACCGUCCCGUCCGUGCCCACCUGCGCGCCACCACCGAGGAACACCAACCCGGAUCAGCCGCUAGCGGAGACCACUCCUCCACUCACCACCACAGAGGCCUGCGCGUCUGGAACCUGCUCAUGGUCAAAAAGCCGCCGUCGGUCGCCUCGAGCAAGAAGCCAGGCAAGCCCUAG